CCGGUGCACCUGAGGCGGCCGCGGGCGCGGGCUGCGUGCGGAGUGCCAGGGGCGCGCCGGCGUUAGAGAGAGGCGCGCUGACGGCCACCUCCAGCUAGCGCCCGGGUACCGCACGCCCGGCGUUCAGGGACCGUCCUCCGCCGCCGCCGCCGAAGCUACGGGCGGGCAGCCGUGCGCCCCGGGCACCGCCAGCCCCGGCGGCCGCUCCUUCCAAUGCCAGGGCCGGGGCGCCGGGCGGCCGCCGGCAGGAAGAUGAAGGGCUCGGCGGGAGGAAGGAGAGAAAAGCUGCUGGGCUCUCCGAAAGCUCAGCCCGGCCGCGCUUCUGCAUGUACACAAGAUGGAGAGAGUGAGGCUGAGUUUUUACCUGAUGACUUUGAAGAAAAACCAGAAAGAGAAAAGAAACAUAACAAUUUCACUUUGUGCAACGUGUGUAACAUUCAGCUGAAUUCGGCCGCUCAAGCCCAAAUCCACUACAAUGGCAAAUCACAUCAAAAAAGAUUAAAACAGCUCAGCAAUGGCAUGGUGAAAAAUGACAAUGGUGGUACAUGCCAGAGCCCCGCUCUCCCAGCCCUGGUCCGUCCACCAGCCCCUCCUUUGCAACCAUCGCUGGAUAUUAAACCGUUUCUUCCCUUUCCUCUUGACACUGCGGCCGCAGUCAACCUCUUCCCCAAUUUUAAUGCGAUGGACCCGAUUCAGAAAGCUGUAAUAAAUCAUACUUUCGGGGUUCCUCUUCCUCAUCGAAGAAAGCAAAUCAUAUCAUGCAACAUUUGCCAGUUGAGAUUUAAUUCUGAUAGCCAGGCUGCGGCCCACUACAAAGGCACGAAACAUGCCAAGAAGCUCAAAGCACUGGAAGCCAUGAAAAAUAAGCAGAAAUCUGUAACUGCCAAGGACAGCGCAAAGACUACCAUCACCUCCAUCACUACCAAUACCAUCAAUACCAGCUCUGACAAAACAGACAGUACCACAGGGACACCAGCAAUAUCAACGACGACAACUGUGGAAAUUCGCAAAAGCAGCGUUAUGACAACUGAGAUCACUUCUAAAGUGGAGAAAAGCCCCACGACAGCCACCGGCAAUAGCUCCUGUCCUUCCACGGAGACUGAGGAAGAAAAGGCAAAACGGCUGCUUUACUGUUCUCUAUGCAAGGUUGCUGUCAAUUCCACCUCACAGCUGGAGGCGCACAACAGUGGUACUAAGCACAAAACGAUGCUAGAAGCUCGGAACGGAAGUGGGACUAUCAAAGCCUUCCCUAGGGUAGGUGUGAAAGGCAAAGGACCAGUGAAUAAGGGGAAUACAGGCCUGCAGAACAAAACGUUUCACUGUGAAAUCUGUGAUGUGCACGUCAACUCGGAAACACAACUGAAACAGCAUAUUAGCAGUAGAAGGCACAAAGACAGAGCUGCUGGGAAGCCCCCGAAACCUAAAUACAGUCCUUACAACAAACUGCAGAAGGCAGCACAUCCGCUGGGGGUAAAAUUAGUAUUUUCAAAAGAACCUUCAAAGCCUUUGGCUCCACGAAUUCUACCAAACCCUCUGGCAGCUGCAGCGGCUGCUGCGGCUGUGGCAGUGAAUUCCCCCUUCAGCCUCCGAACUGCUCCAGCAGCCACGCUGUUCCAGACUUCUGCAGUCCCUCCAGCCCUCCUGCGGCCAGCUCCUGGACCCAUUCGGACCACCCACACUCCUGUGCUGUUUGCUCCUUACUGAAUUCCAAAUGGGAGUAACUGUACUGCAAUAAUUUUUCAAAAAACACAAAACAAAAAGAGAACUAUGCAGUGUUUAUUUAUAGUCUAAAGUAUAUCUGAAGAGCCAGGACUUUUGAU